AUUCUUGGGCGCCUCGUCACUUCCCCUGAGCUGGCGGUCUCUGCGGCUCACCGAGCGAACUCACUGAGCGACGCGGCUGGGCUAUGACCCCAGGGGUGCUGCUGCUGCUGCUGGGGGCGCUGGGGGCGCCGCUCGUCCCGGGCGCCCGCGGAUCGGAGGCAGAGGGCCGACUUCGCGAGAAACUUUUCUCGGGCUAUGAUAGCUCGGUGCGGCCAGCGCGGGAGGUGGGAGACCGCGUCGGGGUCAGCAUUGGUCUCAGCCUGGCGCAACUCAUCAGCCUGAACGAGAAGGAUGAGGAGAUGAGCACAAAGGUGUACUUAGACCUGGAGUGGACUGACUACAGGCUGAGCUGGGACCCUGGAGAGCACGAGGGCAUCGAUUCACUCCGCAUCACGGCAGAAUCCGUAUGGCUACCAGAUGUGGUGCUCCUAAACAACAACGACGGAAAUUUUGACGUUGCUCUGGACAUAAACGUCGUGGUGUCCUCCGAUGGCUCCGUGCGCUGGCAACCCCCGGGCAUCUAUCGAAGCAGCUGCAGCAUCCAGGUCACCUACUUCCCCUUUGACUGGCAGAACUGUACCAUGGUGUUCAGUUCCUAUAGCUAUGACAGCUCAGAGGUCAGCCUGCAGACUGGCUCGGGUCCCAAUGCGCAGGAGCAGCAGGAAGUGCACAUUCACGAAGGUACCUUCAUUGAGAAUGGCCAAUGGGAGAUAAUCCACAAACCUUCUCGGCUAAUCCAGCAUCCGGUGGAUCCUCGGGGAGGGGGGGAAGGACAGCGUGAAGAAGUCACCUUCUACCUCAUCAUUCGCCGGAAGCCUCUCUUCUACCUGGUCAACGUCAUUGCCCCAUGUAUCCUCAUCACUCUCCUGGCCAUCUUCGUUUUCUACCUGCCACCAGAUGCAGGAGAGAAGAUGGGGCUCUCGAUCUUUGCCCUGCUGACCCUUACCGUGUUCCUGCUGCUGCUGGCAGACAAAGUACCUGAGACCUCCCUGUCUGUCCCCAUCAUUAUCAAGUACCUCAUGUUUACCAUGGUCCUCGUCACCUUCUCAGUCAUCCUUAGUGUCGUGGUCCUCAACCUGCACCAUCGCUCACCCCACACCCACCAAAUGCCCCCUUGGGUCCAUCAGAUCUUCAUCCAAAAACUCCCUCUGUACCUGGGAUUGAAAAGGCCCAAACCUGAGAGAGACCAGAUGCGGAAGCUGCCACCUGUAGCCCCCAGGGAUUCUCCAGGAAGUGGCUGGGGUCGGGGAACAGACGAAUAUUUCAUCCGGAAGCCACCGAGUGACUUUCUCUUCCCCAAACCCAACAGGUUCCAGCCUGAUCUGCCCGCCCCAGACCUGCGGCGAUUUACUGAUGGUCCAAGCCGGGCUGUGGGCCUGCCCCCUGAGCUCCGGGAGGUCGUUUCCUCCAUCAGCUACAUCGCUCGACAGCUGCAGGAACAGGAGGACCACGACGCGCUGAAGGAAGACUGGCAGUUUGUGGCUAUGGUAGUGGACCGUCUCUUCCUCUGGACCUUCAUCAUCUUCACCAGCGUCGGGACCCUCGUCAUCUUCCUGGACGCCACGUACCACUUGCCGCCUCCUGACCCAUUUCCUUGAGAACGGAGGGUCAGGACUCAGGUCCUGGGCAAACUGAAUCCAGAGUUCGGUAGUAGUCUCAAACCCUAUCCCUUUUUGCUUCUUCACUCCUUCACUAGGAAUCUAAUCCUCUCAUCAUUUCCUUUCUGGGGAGAGAGCCGAAGUGGGACUGGGCAGGAGGACGCCUGGGGCCCACCAGAACGCACUAUCAGGUUAUUUACUCUUUGGCUUCUUGAAGAAGCUCCUUUGGACAUCAACACCUAGGCUCGCAGUAAAAUGGAACAAAGAACAAGAACUAGACUGUAAGCCUUAUGAGGGCAGGAACUAUAUCUUGUUCACUGUAAUGUCUCCAGCACCUAGCACAGGUCCUGACCUAUAAUAGAUGCUUAACAUUUGUUGAAUGAAUAGAGAAAAUUUUUUUCUGGAAGGAAAUACACCAAUUAGUAGUGCUUAUGUUUGCAUGUUGGGACUAGUGGUCAUUUUUCCUUUAUUUUUACCUUUCUGUAACUUAUUAUGUUUUCUAAUAAGUAGUAUCUUUAGGAUUAAAAAAAAGGUUAUUUAUAAAAGGAUGCAUUUGUAAUGAGAAAAAAAAAGUGCACGUUAAAAACAUUCAAGUUCCAGCUUUGGUGGCUCAAACGUCGGACAAGCUACUAAACUGCUCUGUGCCUAAGUUUUCAUAUCUGAAAAAUGAAGUUAAUAAUAGUAUCUUCCCCCUAGUCUGAGGAUCAUGAGAAGAGGGGAAUAAAAGCACUAUACAGUAUUUAUCAGAGGUUGCAAACUGGCGUGUUGUUUGGCUCAUGUUGUUGGCUUGCACAAUUUUAAAGUUGAAUUAGUUCGCUACUUUUAAAAUUUUGGUAUUUCACAGAGAAAUUGGGAUUUCUAGCUUCUCUUGAAAAAUUUUAAAAACCACAGUAAAACCAGGCCUGAUUCCCCUGUUGGCAGCAACCUGCUAGAGCUGACUAGUGGCUGCCUACUUUGGUCCAGGUAUUUGUACCAGAAUUCCUCAAAGCCCCCACCCACCUGAGCAGCUUCACUCAUUUUACUUGCCCAUCCCUCCAUAACACUAGACGAAAUACAGGGGAGGGGGAACAAGGAGUUGAAGCCAAUGGGAGGCUAGGAGUCAAAAAAGAAAAGUUGUUGUGUCUCUUAAGGCUAUCACACAUUUUGUGCCUCAGUUUCCUUUCAAUUUGGAGAAAAGAUUGCACCUGGUUUAAGGCUGGGCUUUUCUGGGACAUGAAGAUCUUGUGCCCAGCAGGCUGUGCAAACUGGACUGAGUUAAUGUUUCUGCCUGGGGGUCAGACCAAAGUCAGCUUGAACCUAGUGGCUGCAGCAAUUUCAGUGAAGUACCUAGGGUCAACAAGCCCUCACACCUACUCAAUUGCUGGAAGUUGUUGUCCUAAGAGGGAGAAUA